UGUGUUUUAUUCAGACUAAGAUGAUUGAGUUUAUGGCUUAUUUGAAUCCCAUGUUGAAGUUGAGUGUGCGAACUCACAACAAUGAGCCCUAAACAUCACAGUUGGUCCCGGCUGUGUACAGGUUGUUCCAUUCCACAUGACUGAGAGCCUGACCUCAUCGCCCACCUCCUGUUCUGGGACGUCUGCCCCUCCAUCCAUCCACAUCCCACACCAACACACUUCUCCUCCGUUUUUCAGGUGCAGUCUGGGUAACCAUCAGGUGACAUCCUGUCUGCCGUGUGACCUGACGCCACACAGCAGCAGAAUCAGCAGCGGGUAUAUCCCCGGCUGUCGCGUGCUGGCCAGGAGGCAGCAGGACGGACUUUACUACCCGGGGACCGCAAUACUAGAAUGUCGGCGCGGACUGUGGCUGGUUGAGUUGGAGCUUCUAGAAGGCGCCUCUAAGGUCUCCGAGCAGCAGCUCGUCUGCUCCUUGGACAUGAUCCCCCAAACGGGGGCCCACACAGGCCGGCUGGUACCCGGGGAUGCGGUCAUGACGCCAUGGGAACCGGGUGUGGGGAGGCCGUACGGGCCGGGGCUGGUGACGGCGGUGAUCGAGCACCAGGACUCUCUGAAUGUAGCUGACGGCGGCCCCACCCUUUGGGUGCGGAUGUGGAGCGGUUGUGUGGCUUUGGUCCCCCGGUCUCUGGUGGUCCACGUCUCCUCCUCCGACUACAGUCGGCUGGUCCAGGAGCAGGGGGGUCCAGGGUUGUCCCACUGCUGGCCCUGGCCCCCCACCCCUCCCUGGGCUCACCUCAGGGGCUGCCAAUCAACACCUGCCGCGUGUUACUGCCCGCCCCUUCAGGGGCGCUGUGCGUGGGCCGGCCCCCUGGGAGGCCGUGGGGGAUGUGAGAGGGCAAAGCUGGAGGAGGAGGCCCGUCUCCUGUUGGAGAACCUUGCUGCAACAGAGAUGUUGAGAAGCAGGUCCUCUCUGGCCACGGCUGAGGCGGUGACCAUCGGGGUGUCCCUUCCAACGUUCAGGCCCAAGGGGGACCAGAACAGACCUCCUUGGAGGUACUGGCGAAGGAGCACCCCUGAACCCCAACACAGGAAGCCAGGGACGCCAGCGGCCAGAAGAGCUAUACAGCCUGCCCGCUCCAGCCUCCCCAUGCUGCAGGUCAGCCUGUCUCCAAACCACAGCUCCAUGUUCCAAACCGUCGCUGCUUCUCUCAGGAGAGCAGACAUCAGAGCCGUCUUUGAAGGGACGCAUUUCCAACCCAGACCCCCCGCUAGCUGUAAAACAAACGCAGCUACGGCUGUUCACCUGAGGAUGAAUUGUUCCCCAUAAACAAUGCUACGCUUCUGUAUGACUGAUCUGUGAGAUUGUCUUGAGAUGUAUAGCGCACAGAGAAGGGAAGAUACAAAUAUGAAAUAUGAAAUAAAAAUAAUUGUAUAAUUUUAAGUGCUCAAUUAUUAAAUUUAGUGUAAUGUAAAACAAGUGCCACGACUCAAGUGUGUUCUAACAAGAAUACCCUUUAUUAUUUACAAAAUUGACAUUGUGCAAUUCGAGAAGCCCUGAUUAGAAAAAAUAAUUAUGAUAAUUUAAGUCAAAUAAAAUACUUUACACAUCUGGAAUCCCAUUAGGCAGCAGAUACAUAUACAACGUGUGUCAAAUAAAUUAUCAGAAAACAACUGAAAAAUAUAAGGAGACAAGUUAAAGGGCCUGGUCACUGUAGGAAUU